AUGAAGUGGGCCACAUUCUUCGCAGGAUGCGCUCUGUUUGCGCCAAUGGUGGCGGGCGCAAUGCAAACUGAGCUUACGCCGCGGCAGAGCGUGGACAUUCCUGUUUGCAUGAAACAAUGCGAGGACGUAGGAUCUUCCACGUGCUUUCAGCAGUUUGGUCAGGGCAAGAUCACAUGCGAGUGUCGGGCCGCACUUGACAGUUCAGCAGCGCAGGCCUGUCUCCAGAAGUCAUGCAAGCCAAAAGAUAUAUUCACAACGCUGAACGCUGUUGCGUCCGCAUGUAAUGAACCUCUGCGCGACAAAGGCACAUCGUACCGUACGAUCUGCAUCGUCUUCUUCACAUUAGCCUCGAUAGCGGUGGUGGGACGGUUUGCGACACACUUUACAGUAGGGAGAACGAAUCUUCUCGAUAAUGCUAACAUAGGACUGGGAUAUCUGCUGAACGUCGUUCUCUUCGCAUGCUGUAUGAAAAUGUCCUACCUUGGACUCGGACGAGACAUGUGGACACUCGAGGAUGAUACCAUAACUACCACGCUUCUGUAUUUCUGGGUCAGCGAAUACGUCUACUUUGGCUCGAUUGGUCUCAUCAAAACCUCGUUCCUGAUUUUCUUCCUUCAAAUUUUCCCUCUCAAGAGUUUCCGAAGGAUCGUUUGGAUCUGCAUCACGGUCAACUUGACUGCAACCUUCGCUUGUGCCAUCGCAGCCGUAUUCGUUUGCAGCCCCAUCACCUUCGCGUGGACGCAGUGGGAUGGCGAGCAUCAAGGAAAGUGCGUGAGCAACAACGAUCUGGCCUUCGCACACGCGGGAAUCGGAAUCGUGAUGGACUUCAUAACGUUGGCGCUGCCAAUAUCGCAGAUCUGGAACCUGCACAUGUCCUCAAAGAAGAAGAUCGGGGUCUUGCUGAUGUUCAGCGUGGGAGCAUUCGUGACCAUAGUGUCCAUCCUCCGUUUGAGGAGUUUGGUGCACUUCGCCAAAACCCAGAACAUGACCUGGGACUACCUCGAGGCCAGUCUCUGGUCCGUCAUCGAGACUGAAGUCGGCCUAAUCUGCGCCUGCAUGCCCUCCAUCCGCCUCGGCCUCGCGCGCCUCUUCCCUAAGAUCCUCGGCAGCUCGGUCAACUCCAACUCGAAGCAGACGGGCGCAAAUAACAGCCAUGGCAACACUCUCGGCACCAACUGGAGCGUCAACGGCAUCGGCGUUACCACAAGUGUGCGCGUCUCGCAUGCGAUGCGUCCGCAGACGAACGACCAUGCGAGCUUUGUGCAGCUCGUGGAGAUCGAUGCGGAUCAAAAGAGUGCGAAGAGCAAUAAAAGCGAUGAUGCAAAGUAG